AUGUUUUUAAAAGUUAUAUGCAUUUGCUUAUUGAUACCAUCUUUUGUGUUAAGUGCUUCCGUGAAAUCUAGCAGUUAUAUUCAAGAUGAUGCCACCAUACCCGAUGAUGCACGAAUUGCAGCACUUUAUGUCAAAGAUUCUGAAAACGGAGAAUUGCGUUUCUUAACAAGUGGUACUGGGCUUAAUUCUGCAUUAAAUCAAUACAUCACGCAAAAACAAAAUAUGCUUGAACAAUUGAGACCCACAACAGCUACCAACAAUUUUGGAACUAUUACGGGAAGUGGAUUAGGAAGUACAGGUAGUUUUGUGACAAGUGGUACAGGUUCUUCUGGAAGCGUUACACCAAUCAUAGUUAAUUUGGGUGCCACUUCUGCAACUUCAUCCAAUACUGUUGCAUCAGCAGCCUCAGCAUCAUCACCAAUUGCUGAUCUUUUGCCCCAAAUAAUUGCCCAAGGUGCUUUGGGUAAUCGACGAGUAGUAGGUAAUAAUGUACGACGUAAGGUUAAUCGUCGUCGUAGACCAGUUGGUAAUAGGAAUAAUAAACCAAAAAUUGUGUUAGUAAGACCAAAUCGUCAAGGUUAA